AUGGAGGUCGUCGGGUUGAUUGCAAGCAGCGUUACGCUGUUGGAGGUGUCCCUCAAAACGGUCGGCUUUUUCCAGGAAAUGGCCACGAUCCAGGACGAUUUCCGCUGCCUACAAGAAGUGGUGGCCGACAUCGACUCCAUCCUCCAAGACUUCCAUUCCAUACCGAGCCUAUUCGCCCGAGGCUCAGGCCUCCCCCAGGUCGCCGAGCCAACAGUGAUCGCCCGGGCAGUAUCCCAGUUGGAGCAUCUGAAGGCCGAGAUGGACGAAAUUAGAACGUAUUGCGCACGGAACUCAGGCAGCGACGGCGUUUCGAACGCGAAGAAGCGGAAGUGGAUUUUGAAAAGAAACCGGAUCCCGAAGCUGCUCGAGAGGGCCCGCGAUGCACGGUCGAACUUCCAAACUGGAAUAAAUUUUCAGUUGAGGACUUUAGACGCAUUUCGUGUCGUAAGAGAACACAGAGCACAUCUCGAGUUAAAGGCUUUGUUCCAAGAGCUUCGGUCGAUGCAACAUCUCGCUCAUUCAGACGAACAAGGAGGGGUAGAAGAGCCGCCAGUGGAAGACAAAGAAGAAGGUGAUGACGAGGAGGACGAGGAGGACGAGGAUGAGGAUGAAGAUUCAGGCGGAGAAAUUACACAGCACUCCGAUUUCGCAACUCCAAGCAUCCGCGGUUUGGAUGUAAUAGGCGCUGAACAGUCGUAUCCCAUUUGCCAAGCUGAAACAUCAGUCACA